AAAGUGACAUUAACUUUUGACUUACAUGGAAUAAAAUAUUGUGUAUAGAGAUUUGUUUCAAAACAUUCAUAAUAAAUAAAAAUCUUAAAAAUAUAACGUUAUAAUGGCAAAUAUAAACACUGGAGAGUUAUUAAAUUUUCAAGAUUAUUCUCCGGAACAUAAUGAAAGAAGUGCACGAAUCGACGUGGAGGCUGUCCAUACGAAUCAAUAUAACAAUUCCAUGUCUAAUUCAAGUUAUACUUAUGAAGAGCCUAAAAUAGUGGAGGAACCGCAGUCUGCACCGCAAACCAAUCACAACUUUUGGACGAUAGAAUAUUAUCAAAAAUAUUUUGAUGUACACACAAGUGAAGUGGUAGAGCGAAUAAUAUCAUCAGUGUUGCCUCAGAAAGUAUCUCGAAAUUACUUUGAUGAAAGGAUUAAGGGCAAACCAGAUUUAUAUGGGCCAAUUUGGAUAUCUGUUACUCUGAUUUUCACAAUAGCAGUCAGUGGAAAUAUUGCUAAUUACCUACAAAGUAUAAAUAAAGCUGUUAUCUGGAGGUACAACUACCAUCUAGUAUCUUAUGCUGCCACAGCUAUUGUCUGCUAUGUUUGGCUAGUUCCCUUGGCUCUGUGGGCUGCUCUGAAGUGGACAACUGUACCGGACGGUCAAGAUGAAAUGGAGACACAGACACAGAGCACACCAACGAUGAUAUCACUGUUUUGUCUCUAUGGAUACUCCCUUUCAAUCUACAUUCCUGUAGCCAUUCUUUGGACCAUUCCAAUAUCAUGGCUUCAAUGGCUCUUAGUUCUCAUGGCGGCAUUAGUGUCUGGAGCUGUACUUAUAUUUUGGCUCCUUCCAGCAUUGAAAAAAUCAAAAUAUUUUCUUAUUUUAACUGGUGCAAUAAUUGGUUGCCACUUUUUAUUAGCAGCUGGAUUCAUGUUGUAUUUCUUCCAUGUUCCAGAUUCUCAACCAUAAAGCUAUAUAAUAUAAAAAUGUGAUGUAUGUAUAUAAUUUUAUUAGUACUUAUAUAGCACAAUGUAUAGUUAUUCACUUUAAAUGUGAUUUUUUGUAAGAUGUAUUCUAAUAUUAACUUCUAUCCAAUAUAAUUUAACUUCUCAAGUAAUUUGUUUUUGUCUAAUAUUGAUAAAUACUAUGUAAUCUUCGAAUGUAUACAGGAUUGCCUUGAGUGGGUGCAUCUAAUUUGGAGAUAUGGAUAUAUUAAACAUUAAAAAAUAUUUAUUGAUAUUUUAACUUAUGAAGGAUAUAACAUUAAGAAAUACUAUAGUUGUAUGAUAAAUCAACAUUCCUCCAGGACAUUUAGUUGUUUUUUUUAUACUAGUAAUAUAUAAUAAAAGAAAGUCA